AUGUUGAGCCAUCAUCUAGUGCAAAAUUUGAAGAACAAAAUAUGCCCACUAUUCUACUUAAGCAGAAAGUCAGUAUUUGUGACACCCCCAGCAUUUCGCCGAAGUUUUACUACAUCGGAUGUAUUGUACAGAAAAGCAGUCGUAAAACGGGAAGAUUACUUCUUGAAAAAGGAUAAUAUACCUCCCGGUUUUAACAUUAUCUACCGAGCCCCCAUGGAAUACUAUCUAACCGCAUGCAACAUUGUAACAUCGUUCAGUUUUGCGGCGCUUGGCAGUUUCUGCGUGUACACGUAUUGGAAUGACUUUCGUCACAUUGUCGUUCCGUUCGAGAUCGAGCACGCCACACUAACGGCCAACGAAACGGACUUGCUGUAUUUUCUGGGAUUUUUCCUGCUCAUCAACGUGGUCAUCCGUGUCGUCAUAAAUCGUUAUCCAUUGAGGAUCUACCGCAACGAUAAAAAAUAUCUCGCCGUGUUCGAGGGACAGAUACCGCUGAUUACAAAGAAGUUCAACUUCCAGCGCGGAGACGUUGCACCGGUUCCGCUUGGUGGCAUCUUACCGUGGCAGGAAUCGAGGUACAAAAUAAAUGACAAAAAUGUCCUCUUGCUGGAGGAUUAUUUUCGCGCACCGUCCGAAUUGGUCGCCAUGAUGAGCCCGCAAAAGGCUGACGAAGAGCAUUAG